CGCGGACAAGUCCUGACAUCGCGCGCCCCCCCACCCCCUCUCUGGGGCCGCCCCCCCCUCCCUCCGCGUCGUCGAAGAUAAACAAUAGUUAGCCCGUGAGCGCGGAGCCUGUCUCCCGCCGCCGGAUUCGGCGGGGUGCGUGGGACCGGCGGGAUCUUGACCAGCCGGCUAUGGCGGGGCUGUACUCGCUGGGAGUGAGCGUCUUCUCCGACCAGGGAGGGAGGAAGUACAUGGAGGACGUUACUCAGAUCGUUGUGGAGCCCGAACCGACGGCUGAAGAAAAGCCCUGGUCGCGGCGCUUGCCGUCCCAGCCGUCGCCUCCGCAGUCGUCACCACCGCUGCCGGUUCUUCCUGGCAGCCAAGUCUCGGGGAAAGGCCCAGCGGUGGCAGCCCGAGAAGCUAGCGAUCCUCCUCCGGACGCCGGGGCUUCACCGGCUCCUGGCCGCUGCUGCCGCCGCCGUUCCUCUGUGGCAUUUUUCGCAGUGUGCGACGGGCACGGCGGGCGGGAGGCAGCACAGUUUGCCCGGGAGCACUUGUGGGGUUUCAUCAAGAAGCAGAAGGGUUUCACUUCGUCCGAGCCGGCGAAGGUUUGCGCUGCCAUCCGCAAAGGCUUCCUCGCUUGUCACCUCGCCAUGUGGAAGAAACUGGCAGAAUGGCCAAAGACAGUGACAGGUCUUCCAAGCACGUCAGGGACAACUGCAAGUGUGGUCAUUAUUCGGGGCAUGAAGAUGUAUGUAGCACAUGUGGGCGACUCAGGGGUGGUUCUUGGAGUUCAGGAUGAUCCGAAGGAUGAUUUUGUCAGAGCUGUGGAGGUGACACAGGACCAUAAGCCAGAACUUCCCAAGGAAAGAGAACGAAUCGAAGGACUUGGUGGGAGUGUGAUGAACAAGUCUGGGGUGAAUCGUGUAGUUUGGAAACGACCUCGGCUUACUCACAAUGGACCUGUACGAAGAAGCACAAUUAUUGACCAAAUCCCUUUUCUGGCAGUAGCAAGAGCACUUGGUGAUUUGUGGAGCUAUGAUUUCUUCAGCGGUGAGUUUGUGGUGUCACCUGAACCAGACACAAGUGUCCACACUCUUGACCCCUUGAAGCACAAGUAUAUUAUCUUGGGUAGUGAUGGACUUUGGAAUAUGAUUCCACCGCAGGAUGCCAUCUCAAUGUGCCAGGAGCAAGAGGAGAAAAAAUACUUAAUGGGUGAGCAUGAACAAUCUUGUGCCAAAAUGCUUGUGAAUCGUGCACUAGGCCGCUGGAGGCAGCGUAUGCUCCGAGCAGAUAACACUAGUGCCAUAGUAAUCUGCAUCUCUCCAGGAGUGGACAAUCAGGGCACCUGCACCAAUGAAGAUGAGCUUUAUCUGAACCUGACUGAUAGCCCCUGUUAUAAUAGUGAAGAGACUUGCCUGAUGACUCCUUCCCCUUGUACUACACCACCAGUCAAGUCACUGGAGGUGGAUCAUUGGCCAAAGCUGAGCUCUAAGGACCAUAUACCUGCCCUUGUUCGUAGUAAUGCCUUCUCAGAGAAUUAUCUAGAGGUUCCAGUUGAGAUAGCUCGAGGGAGUGUUCAGGCUGUAGUCAUACCCUCAAAAGAUCCAGAGCCUCUUGAAGAAAACUGCACUAAAGCCCUGACUUUAAGGAUACAUGAUUCUUUGAAUAAUAGCCUGUCAGUUGGCCUUGUGCCUACCAAUUCAGCAAACAUCAUGGACCAAAAAAACUUGAAGAUGACAACUCCUGGUCAAACAAAAGCCCAAGAAGUUGAAAGAACCCCUCCAGCAAACUUUAAAAGGACAUUAGAAGAAUCCAACUCUGGUCCCCCUGUGAAGAAACAUAGACGAAAUUGCUUAAGUCAAAGUAGUGGUGCUCAGCCUGCAAGCCUCCCCGCAACCUCGCAGAGAAAGAACUCUGUUAAACUCACGAUGCGACGCAGACUUAGGGGACAGAAGAAAAUUGGAAAUCCUCUACUACAUCAGCACAGGAAAACUGUUUGUGUUUGCUGAAAUGUAUGUGGGAAACGUCCUUGUUGCUCCUCACCCCCGCUGCCCCCCGCCAACUUAGGAUAUGUGAGGGCUUUUUAAAAUUGGUACAGAAUUGAGGUUUUUUUUAAGGGAAGAAAAUAAAGAGUACCACAGUUUGACUUUUUGGAAUUGAACAAUUUUAUCCUAGCCUUGUACUUGUUUGUUAUUAUAAAUGUGAAUUUUGUAGAUAUUAGGGCAUAAGUUGCUGUAAAAUGUGUGUAAAUUUGUAUCCUUCACACAUAUCCAGUCUCUUACUCUGAUAAACAGUAAUUGUGAUGACAGGGCUAACCAUUUUUAAAAAAAAAAAAUCAAAAGAAUUUAUUAGAUUUUAGAAAUAUGUUUAAACUUUUUAAAAUGCUUAUUAAAAAUUUGUGUAAGCCACUUGUGAUGAGAACUACACAACUUUUUAAACUAAAUUAUUAAGCCAACUGGAAAAGUGAUGUAUUUUCAUAGUGACCUGUGUUCCACUUAAUGUUUCUUAGAGACUACUAGUGUCUUUUAAAUUUAUUUUUUAUUUUUAAUUUCAUAAUUCUGAAGUAAAAUUGUCAUAGAAGCAAGAAGUAUUGAGCCAUGCUAAAGUAGCUUAUGUUAGUCUCCUUGUCCCAAUUCAAUUACUAUGCAGUAUCUCUUUAUUUCAGUAGCAUUUUUCUAAAAUAUUAAUCAUCAGAUAUAUUCCAUGAAUCAUUUUGGAGUACAAGGAGGUGUAUUUACUUAAAAAAAAAAAUCCCCUUCUGAAUCAUCCAGGAUAUUAAAUGGCAUUAUUAGGUCUUUAAAGUAGUUACCCCCUUCUGUGUUCCUUAUAAUAUGUGAAGUUUUUCUUGCUAUUUGAAUAAUGGAUGGUGCUGCUAAUUCCCAACCUUUCUUAAGUUAUUUUAUAUUGUACAGUUUUCAUUGAUUAUAUGGGUAUAUAUUUGUUCAUCUAAUAAAUCAGUGAACUGUU